AUAAGUUUUGUUUGUGUUCUGUUACCACAGGAUGUAGUAGGAUGUUUUUGGUGGGACAUGCCCAGCUGCACUGGUAAAGUGAUAACCCAGUGGAGAGCCUGGGUUCUGCAGGUUGCUUCUUUGGAGACUUUUCUUGGCAUGUGUCCUGGAGAUUAUCUCAAUCUACAACGGAUGUAUGACGCCUUGCCCGAGGACUGUAAGAACACUUUUUCACGCUUAUUUUGUUAUUUAGUAUAAUUUAGUGUCCUUCCUGCUGUCCUGAUUGACCAAGAUAGGCAAUUUUACUUGCAUCGUCCUAAGGAAUCUCUGAAAGGCUGGAGAGAAUGCACACUUCUAAGUGAUUACACAUUUAUGUGUGAGAAAUUAUAAGUUAAGCAGAAAAAUAUUGGUACAUUUCCCUAUUCUCCCUUCAAAAUAAAAGGAAAAGACUUAUAAAUGUUAUUCUUUAAAUUACAUUAGUGAAAUACACUUAACACUUGCCAGAUACAGACAUAACAGUACAGUCACUGAUAUGAACAACACAGCUUAUAUUAGCGACGUAUGUCGGUACACACCUUGAAGCUGUACCACUCCAGGUGAGUCACAUACAACGUUUACAUUUGGUUGGUAAUUAAGUAGUUGAACGAUUGUGCGAAAAAAACAAGACACAGAUUUGCAUCGCUUUUAGGAAGUGAUAAUGUACGUUAUGCAGAAUGCUGGUAAGUUAUUAUUUGAUUAUUCUUUGUUAUAAAUCGGUUAUGGUCACGAGGCUCUGCGAUUUACGUAUUUCUACCUAUCAUGCAUUAAUUUGCCCAAAAGGUAAAGGGAAAAAAUUUAAAUCACGGAUAAAACUGAACCACAAUGUACUGCUAUUCCGGACUCCAGAAACUACAAGAGGAAGUCGUGGGGUCGUUUGGGUGGACAAGCGAUACUUAUGACUUUUUCAAGGUUGCCUUGAAUACUAUCGACCAAUCAUAAUUAACGCUUGUCCACCAAGGCGAUCCCAAAAAUCACUGCACCGAAAGCAUUCUCCCUAGGGUUUUUGAAAUGGGGUAAAUUAGCUAACAUUGCCUUAAGCCUACGUGGUAAGACCGCAAGGUCAGGUGGGUAGCUGCUAGUACUUGACAACAUAUAUAAUUGUUUUGUAGAUAUAGCUGAAGUUGACAAGGCCUGUGCCAAAAAUGUUCACAUCACUUGCAGCAAGAAGUUUGUCGAAGCUGUGAAGAACGACAAACUCAUCUGUUCUGAUGGAGCAGCUUGGCUGAGAUGCUACGAGGAGAAUAAUAAUUGCGAUGAAAAAUCUUUGAUUUACCGUUACACUCAGUAUGUCAGUCAAGUGGAACCAUAUUUAGAGCAAGAAUGCAGUAAAGCUGUUCAUUGA